GUGAUUACUUUUCGUUAUCGGCUGUAAUAUAUCCAAGUGCUCUGGCAGCUUAUACAGGGUGUCGGAUAGCCUCUCCACCUCUGUUAAAUGGAGAGAUUGGUUUAAUUGAAAAUCCAGAAAAAUUGUAACAAGUGAAUCGGGUAUGCUCCAUCGAAUGGUGAUCAUUCCAACUUCCGGUAAUAAGUGGUAGUGGGAUAUCCAUACCGGAAGUUCGAGUUUUUCAAACGUUGCAUGGUUGUUUUAUCGCAGUUUCAGGUGUACGCGAAAAAGUAAGACAGUUUUGUCUUGAAGACUCUUCUCUUUUUUAUUCUUUGAAAAUGUCGCCAUCAGGCUUGAAACGAUCUUAAAAGUAAUUCAUAAAUAGGAUAGCCAGCAAAUGAUCCAUUCUAAUUAGAAGCCGUAUUUCUUAAUACAUUUUCUUUAUUGCGUUCGCGCGUAAUUUUAUUUUGCAAUUAAAAAUAAUCAUAUUUCAAACAUUUUACUUAUAAUUCGAAUGGAUAAUUUUCUGGCUAACCGUCCUAUUCAUGUACUACACAUUCCAAAUCAUUUCAGGUUUGAUGGAGACAUUAAAAAAAAAAGAGAGAACUUUGAAACAAAAUUUUCUCGUUUUUUUGACGUGGAAUGUAAAACCGACGAAAAUUACCAUGUACCGUUAGAAAAACUCGACUUCCGACGUCGAUAUCCUAUUUCCGUUUAUUACCGUAAGUUGAAAAUAUCAAUCGAUAUAACUUGGCAAGGGUGGGCGAAUUAUCAGAGACACCUUGUAUAGCGAUUCGCGUGUGGAAUUUCAGUUUCGCUCGCGCGAUAAGAGCUCGAAAAACGUCACGAAACUGGCGAAUUUAUCGUGUCGCGUUUAUCGAGCAGUGCACGGCUAAUCAAGGCUUGCAUUCGUAAUCUCAUUUAUUUAAUUGCUUUUUCUCUACCUUUUGCAAUUUAACCCUGGAAAUAUUACUCAGUCGAGAACUCAAGAGCUCGCGACAUCGAGUCGUCGAUUUAUCGAAUGAAUUUCUUUUCUAGAGCCAGGACUUUUCAACGGGUUCUCGACCUCGAUCUGAGAAAACGUCUCCAGUUUAGCAGUUCAGCUCUUUUUUUUUUUUCCUUUCCGCGAUUCCUUUGAACGCACACCGGGAGAAAUGAUAUUCAACGGCUUAAGCCUCGUCCACAUUGAUUCCUGGCAGGGGCAUGCCAGCGAAACUUUGCCUUGAACUUUAAAUUGCCGUCCGUUUCUUCUGGUCCGCGGUUGCAUCGGAAAUGCAGCGUUUCUCCUUGACCUAUCCUACGGACAGGAUUUCCGCAUUGCAUGCGGCCGAAAACCCGAUAUAUAAUGUCAUUUUGCACCUGCCGGUUGGAUUCUGAUUUUGGUUCGGCUAUUUUGAUCGAUCGCCUCCAAGCGUUUCCGACCUUUAACCGAUACUUCGAUUAGGAAUAAAUCCGAUUUGAUGGACCUCUGUCGGAACUUCAUGUUUAUGAGACCUAAAGGGCCGGUUGCACCUACCAUGAUUGGCGUAAAGUUUCUUAAAAUGAUUAGUUACGUCGAAAAAAAAAAUUUAGCUAACCGAGGAUUAAAAUCCGCUGUUAGGUAACUACCCGAAAUAGGGCGAUUAACUCUAAUCGCUCGUUAAGUCAUCUUUGAUUAAGGAUUUUUACUUCAAUGUCGGUGCAACUCGGGCAUGUACUCAUGUCUCGCAUAAAAACCUCGAAUAACAGUGGCCGUAAGCAUAACAAGCAAGAAUUGACCAAUCAAAUUGUCAAACAUUGACGGCAUAUUAAAUUUUCUGCAAUUCGAUCGACCGAGAUUGAUUGCCUCGAGAUUCUUUGACCAGGAUUAAUCUCGGAUUAGGGAGACUCGCGUUGCACCGGAAAAAAUGAGACUAACGGAAGAUUAAAUUCCGCUAUUAGGUAACUACCCGAAAUGGAGCAAUUAACUUUAAUCGCUCGUUAAGUCAUCCUUGAUUAAGGAUUUUUACUUUAAUGUCGGUGCAACUCGGGCAUGUACUCAUGCCUCGCAUAAAAACUUCGAAUAACAGUGGCCGUAAGCAUAACAAGCAAGAAUUGACCAAUCAAAUUGUCAAACAUCGAAGGGAUAUUAAAUUUUCUGCAAUUCGAUCGACCGAGAUUGUCCCGAGAUCUUUUGACCAGGAUUAAUCUCAGAUUAGCGAGAUUCGCGUUGCAUCGGAAAAAGAUAUACUAACCGAAGAUUAUAAACUACUGUUAGGUAACCACCCGAAAUUGAGCGAUUUACUCCAAUCACGCUACCCUUGAUCAGGGAUCGCUUAACGCGUUAUUCGGGAUAAACUCUCGAUUUCUGGUAGUUAUCUGACGGCGAAUUUAAAUGUUCACUAUAUCCUAAUCUAUCUAGUUGCAAUACGAAGUACACUAAUCCGAGAUUAACUAACUCUACUUAAGGAAUCCCUUGAAGUUACCAAAACGAUUCAGCCUCUUCACCGAAGCAAACGAGCUCGGUUGAGUGAACUAGCCGAGGGAUUCACUUGAAAACCGGUGAAAACGAUUUCUUUCUUUAAGAACCGAUUGUCAUUGAUUUCAUACGAUUCGGUUUCAUCCGACGCAAGUGAUGGUUCGGCCUUAAAAUCGUGACAUUGCCUCGAUGAUUUCCACCGAUUUCCAGGCGAUAUUUCUCGCAUUAAAAUCCACGAUUUCCCGAGUGAAUAACCUUCGGUUCAUUCGACCUACUAAUUUAUUUUCCGAGGCGAGGGGUUAUUCGCUGAGAAAUCAGUGAAAACGAUUUCCUUCAUUGAGUGCCGAUUGCCUUUCAUACGAUAAUAUAACAUAAUUUCACACGAUAAAUGACAACGCGAUUCGGUAAUGAGUGAGGGUUCGAGCCUUAAAAUCGUGACAACGUUUCGGUCGUUUCCACCGAUUUCCAGGUGACAUUUUUUGCAUAUUAAAGUCCACGAUUUUCCGAGUGAAUAACCUUCGGUUCCCUCGACCUGAUUUAUUUUUCGAGGUGAACGAGAUAUGCGGUCGGUUUCGCGCAGAUUUCAUAAUUACAGAUAUGAAAUGAAUUUUCUGCGAGCCCUAACCGUCUUCCAGCCGGUUCCACGUGGAGGUUGGCUUCCCUGACCUACCGCAGGCACUUUCCGGGCCGGCUGGGAAGAUCCUGAGAAACGAGGAAAAUCGGGUGAAAAUCUGACCUUGGCCACGCGGGGGGCCUGGCCAGGACCCGCGCUUCCCGAUCGGCGGCCCCCUAACCCGAUCAAUACCAGGGCGGCCCGCCGAGUGUGCACGUAUAUAUAGCGCCCCGUACACCCCGUGUACACGGGGGCGCGCAUGCGCGCAUGCGCGGCACCCACCCCGGAGGACACGACCAUUGGCCGGCCGCGCCGACCCGGGACAGUUCCUCGUUACUCGCUCGCCUCCUCGCAACGGGCCCUCGCCGCCCUCGCCACGGUCUCGACCGAUUCGCCAAAGAGCCACCCCGAGAGGGACACAGGAGCCGAGCCUCUUCUACGCACUCUAGGACGAGCCGGACCGGGGCCAACCACCUUCGGACACACCGCGACUUAUGCGUCUACGCCGAGGAGAAACAUUCAGGAUAUCACCCAGAGGGAAAGAAUUGGCGUGCAGCAAAGGCGGUGGCGGCCGGACAUUGUCCAAGCAUCCGACGAACGGCAGCAUCAUCUCCUUCGCGAGGUCGAGGCGCUUCUUACGCUUAAACGAGGGGUCGACGUCGCCGACGUGGAACCCGGAUUUUCUUCAGGGCACGAGAAACGGACAGGCAGCGUGUAUGAUCAUUGAGGACCGACCCCCUUUGUCCACCAGGUCGAGACAAAACCUGCAUCAAGAUAGCACCCAACGAUUUCUGAACCACCUGGUCCUGCCCAAGCACAGGACCUCAAAAUUUUCCAGUAACAGGCAUCGGAAGCUGCAGCCAUUCAGGGAAACGUGACUGCCGUCACCGUGUAGCGCGGCGCCCCGAAUCGCCACGUACGAGAACAACCACCCUGACUCGACACGUAGAGAGCUACCAGCGGGUAGCGAGCACCGGGCGAGGUCGUCUAGGAGCGACCAAGCUGCCGCUCUCGGGCCACAGGGCCAGGUCUAGAGGAGCGAGAUCGAAGACGCUGCCCACCUGAAGAAGCCUCAGAGGAGCGCGCAGGAGGAGUCUCUUCGGGGUCUGUUGGACUCGGACAACGGGACGGCGACCCGACGCGCAGGAUCCCUGGAAGAAGCAUCGGCGAAAGCCGCCAGGUAGAGACGAAGAAGCCGAAGAAGACGACCACCCGCCAAGAUGGGGAGCGUCAACGUGAACCGGAGCGUCAGCGACGCGUUCUAUCGGUACAAGAUGCCGCGGAUCCAGGCGAAGGUCGAGGGCAAGGGGAACGGGAUUAAGACGGUGAUCGUGAACAUGGUCGACGUGGCCAAGGCGAUCGGCAGACCGGCGACCUACCCGACCAAGUACUUCGGGUGCGAGCUCGGGGCGCAGACCCAGUUCGACUUCAAGAACGAGCGGUUCAUCGUGAACGGCUCGCACGACGCGACCAAGCUCCAGGACCUCCUCGACGGUUUCAUCAGGAAGUACGUCCUCUGUCCGAACUGCGAGAACCCGGAGACCGAGCUGAUGGUCAGCGCGAAGAAGGGGACUAUCUCGCAGGGGUGCAAGGCCUGCGGUCACCAUGGCUUGCUCGAGAGCAACCACAAGCUCAACACGUACAUCCUGAAGAACCCGCCUAGUCUUAAUCCCGCGGCCCAGGGCAGCUCGUUGACCGAGGGCAAACGCGGCAAGCGCUCGAAGAAGGCCAACGGAGACGCCAACGGCGACCGCUCGGGCUCUCCCGAGAACGAGACCACCGGGACCACCACCGACAUCGUCGUAGAGCCGCCCGAGAAGACCCCCGGCAAGCGGGAGGGCGCCAAGGACGAGGACGACGACAACUGGGCGGUCGACGUCUCCGAGGAGGCGGUCAGAGCUCGCCUCCAGGACCUCACCGACGGAGCCAAGGGCAUGACCAUCAGCGACGACCUCGACAAGACCGAGAAGGAGCGCAUGGACAUCUUCUACAAGCUGGUCAAGUGCCGCAGGGACGCCGGCCAGCUCGACAACCACAAGGAGCUCGUCAGCGAGGCCGAACGCCUCGAGAUCAAGACCAAGGCCCCCCUGGUGCUCGCCGAGCUGCUCUUCGACGAGGCCAUCGCCAUCCAGGCCAAGAAACACCGCGUCCUCCUGCUGCGCUUCACCCACGACGACAUCAAGGCACAGAAGUAUCUGCUGAGAGGUAUCGAACAGGUGAUCGCUCUGCACAAAGAGAAACUAAUGCCGAAGGUGCCUGGAAUUUUAAAACUUUUCUACGAUUAUGAUAUCUUGGAGGAGAAGGCUGUGGUCGAGUGGGCUAGCAAGGUCAGCAAAAAGUACGUGUCUAAAGAUUUGUCCCAAGAAAUCCAUGACAAAGCCGCACCCUUCCUUACGUGGCUGGAGCAAGCCGAGGAGGAGGAGGAUUCGGAAGAUGACGAUUUAGAGAUCGAGUACGAUGACAGAGCGAAGCAGCCACUGAAGCAACAGAAGCAACAGCAGCAAACUCCUCAGAAGACCGUCGACAACGACUCCGACGAAGAGGACGACUUCGAUAUCGAUGCCAUUUAAAAACGGACGCGGAACGCUCGGUUUAACGUAGAUCAGAAAACGGCGAGAACUCGAGAUCGGUAUCCUGAUCGAGAAUUAUUAUCCGCAGGACGCAGAGUCGCAAGCGCAAUGUCCAGUUCUAAUUCCCAGACUUUUCCUACAUUUAGUGAGAGAGCCGUUUGGAGGAUCCAACUCGCCGCGCCACUUAGACUUGCGAAAUUUUUAUCGAUUUCCAUAUUUAGCCUGCCAUGUCUCUACGAUUACGUUUUUAAUUAUUCUUCUUGCACCCUCUUUACCCCUCUCUCUCUCUCUCUCUCUCCCUUCAUGUAUUUCUCAAGUUUUCUUUUUUUUACCAAUGCAAUUACGAACGAUUAAUGCAGUUACCUCUUGCGGUUAUUAUUGAAACAUUGAAUGAUUCCUUGAGACCCCUCAGCCGUCCCCUCGUGCACCUCCUUCGCGUAACGAUCGGUCAUUGGUCGAGAGUUACUAAGAAGUUUGCCUGCUAAAAGCGUUCUCUAUUAUAUCUAUUUACUAUUCUGAUGAUUGAUUAUUCAAAUAAACAUGGUUUAUUGCAUUA